AUCUCAGAAUUUCCUCAACUUUAUUAGCAUCUCUCUCUCUGUGUUUUCAAGAAAAUCCUAAUGGCGCCCAAGGCAGAGAAGAAACCCGCUGAGAAGAAGCCCGCCUCCGAGAAGCCAACGGAGGAGAAGAAAACCGUCGCGGAGAAAGCCCCUGCGGAGAAGAAGCCCAAGGCCGGCAAAAAACUGCCGAAGGAGGGUGGCGCCACCGCCGGAGACAAGAAAAAGAAGAGGUCGAAGAAGAGCGUUGAGACCUACAAGAUCUACAUCUUCAAGGUCCUGAAGCAGGUCCACCCUGACAUCGGGAUCUCAAGCAAGGCCAUGGGGAUCAUGAACAGCUUCAUCAACGAUAUCUUCGAGAAACUCGCUCAGGAGUCAUCCAGGCUCGCCCGGUACAACAAGAAGCCCACCAUCACCUCUCGGGAGAUUCAGACUGCUGUGAGGCUUGUUCUUCCCGGUGAAUUGGCCAAGCACGCUGUCUCUGAGGGCACAAAGGCGGUGACUAAAUUUACCAGUUCUUGAAUUAGGGUUUGGGUUCGAGGGAGGGGUUGCUGAACCUUUUGGGACUUAUGGAGAUUUGGAUGGCAAACUAGGGUUAGGGUUCUUUUUGGUCUCUCUCUACUGUUGGUACCUUUCUUUUGGUUUUUUGUUGCUUUGAAUUAUAUGUUCUGAUGUAAUUACUGGUUGAUUUAGGAAUGAAAAUGUUCUUGACCUAACAUUAAA